GCCAAGUGCCAGGUCCCGGGCCAACUCGAAGAUGGCCCUGGAGAAGAGGCUUCCGCUGUGGAAGCUGGCAGCGCACGAUGUCGACAAGCCGCUGUGGUAUCUCGGAUACGGCUCGAACAUGAGAUCCGCCUCCAUGACGGGCCGGAACGUGACUCCCCUCGCCACCAAGGUCGUUACCGUCCCAACACACUACGUCACGUUCGACGUGUUUGGAAUCCCCUACACGGAGCCAUGCUAUGCCAGCAUCGGACAGUUCCCGGAUGGCCAGUCCGGACAGCUCCACCUCGUCCACCGCGGCGAAGCCCCCUUGACGGUUCCGCCCCUAUGCGGCAUCGCUCACCACCUGACUGCGUCUGACUUCCACCGCCUGCUUAUCACCGAAGGUAGUGGGGUUGUGUAUGAUGUCGUAGAAGUGGAGGCUUACGAGCUGGACGACCGGGGGAGAGCCACAGGUGCACCGUUCCCGGCAUACACACUGAAAGCCAAGUUCCCCCAGAGGCCGAGCGGCAUACCCAGUGCUCGAUACAUGAAGCUCUUCUUAGACGGGGCAAAAGAGAACAACCUACCGGCUGGCUACAUCACUUAUCUGGAGAAUUUCCCUAGGUACCAGAAACUCGAAGGGUCUGACCGACCGUACGGACAGCUUGUCUUUGACUGGGGCUGGAGACCUGUUCUGAAAAGGAUUGUUCGGCUCACUACAUGGGGGGUUGAUGAGAACGGAAACUGCUCGGCCUUGCUGGCGCUCUUGAUUGUCCGUCUGUACCAGUUGAUGUGGACCUAUCAUGAUGUGAUUCACACUCGCAUAUUUGGAGAAGGAGAUGGAAGCAAGCUUUACUGGAUUAGACAAUGAGAUGGAAUUACUUUUGUUCGC